GCACAUUUAUUCUCAGCCGCAAAACAGCAACAACUAAAUUGUUGCAAGGCGUUAUUAAUAAUGUCAACACAGCAGUAGAGCAAUUAAUUGCUAAAAAUCAACACUCAAUUGAACACAAUCAGCAAUGGAUUUCACGAGCUUCGUCAAGCCUUCAAACGGAGGCUCCGCCGGCGAUACUGAUGAGAACGCCGACACCAGCAAAUUACAAUUUUGGAAGCACGUCGAAUAUAUUGAGAACCAUGGCAAACAGGAGGACGACUACGAGUAUUGCAUGACCGAGUUCCUGCGCAUGUCGGGCAUUUACUGGGGCGUCACAGCGCUGGACAUAAUGGACCAGCUGGACCGGCUGGACCGCAAGUCCAUCAUUGAGUUCGUGAAGCGCUGCCAGUGUCCGGUAAGCGGAGGCUUUGCGCCCUGCGAGGGUCACGAUCCGCACAUGCUGUACACGCUGUCUGCGGUGCAGGUUCUGUCCACAUACGACGCGCUGGACGUGAUCGAUUGCGAUGCGGUGGUUCGUUAUGUUGUCGGUCUGCAGCAGCCGGAUGGCAGCUUCUUUGGCGACAAGUGGGGCGAGGUGGAUACUCGGUUUAGCUUCUGUGCGGUGGCCACACUGUCGCUGCUCAAGCGCAUGGAACAGAGCAUAGAUGUGGACAAAGCGGUUAGGUUUGUCAUGUCGUGCUGCAAUCAAACGGAUGGCGGCUUUGGCUCCAAACCGGGCGCUGAGUCACAUGCAGGACUCAUUUAUUGCUGCGUGGGCUUCCUGUCGCUUACACAGCAGCUGCAUCUGUUGGACGUGGAUAAGUUGGGCUGGUGGCUGUGCGAGCGACAGCUGCCCUCGGGCGGACUCAACGGUCGUCCCGAGAAGCUGCCCGAUGUCUGCUACUCCUGGUGGGUGCUCUCUUCGCUGACCAUUAUGGGGCGGCUGCAUUGGAUUAGCGCCGAGAAGCUGCAGCAGUUCAUUCUCUCCUGUCAGGAUACGGAGACGGGCGGCUUCUCUGAUCGCACCGGCAACAUGCCAGACAUAUUCCACACGCUCUUCGGCAUUGGCGGCCUCUCGCUGUUGGGCCAUUCCGGACUCAAGGCGAUUAAUCCGACGUUCUGCAUGCCGCAGUAUAUUAUCGACAGGCUGGGCAUUCAGCCGCAGGUUCUGACGCAUGCGUAGGCAUUGAUAUUAAGACAAAAGCUAUAGCCAAUGUUAUAUGAUUAAUUUAUAAAGCGGACCUCACGCGUAUUAUGCUACCUUUCAAGCAAGCCCAAAACAGAUUCAACUAGACAGAUUCACAGUUCAUUUUUCUUUGCAUCUACUCGCAUUUUGAACAAUUUAUGCUUCUUAUGCAUUUACAUAUGUUUAGCUGUAUUUUUAAAUACAUAUAAUGUUUCAUAAGCAAGCCAUGUAAAAAUUUGUCGGUAUCUGUAAUUAUAGAGCAAAACUAAAUAAA